AUGGAAAGAGGAUGGAAGCCUAAUGUUGAGAUCUCACCACCUUGCCCACGUUGUGGCUCUUGUAACACCAAAUUUUGUUACUACAACAACUAUAGCUCAACACAGCCUAGGUAUUUUUGCAAAGCUUGUAGAAGGUAUUGGACCAAAGGUGGCUCCCUCCGCAACGUCCCCGUGGGCGGCGGAUGUCGGAGAAGCCGGAGAGGGAAGUCCAUACGCAUGUCCACCGAUCAUGACCCCUCCCGGAGUUUGGCUGAUCAUGGGGCGGGUGCCUCGGCCCACAAUGGGAACCACUCGGUACAGUCUACUAGCUCAUCAUUAAUGGUGUCAUCCAAUGGUCCAAACAUCGAUCUUGCACUUGUUUACGCCAACUUCUUGAAUCAACAACAGCCUCAUGAGCAUGGGCAUGAGCCCGAGACACGGAUUGAAAUGGGUACUACUGGUAUUGAAUCUAUUGAUCCAUCAUCCUUUGAGUUAGCAAAUGUUGUGGACAUGCACAUGGAGUUUAGUACUUAUUUACUGCAGCUACAAAAUGAGGUUGUUGAGUGUCCAAAUUUAUCCCAUGUGAGAGAUGAUAAUGUGGGAAUAUUGUCUGAUUGUGGGUUCAAUUCAAUUGAUCACAACCAACAAGACACAAUUGAUCAUCAGCAAUUUACAAGUAGUAGUAGUAAUCACACGAUCAGCAAUUAUGGGACGUUGCCACCGUUGCCCGGUGAAGAAGAAGAAGAAGAAUUAGCUGCCUCUCAAGAGACGGCGCCAUGGUCGUCUAUUAAUAAUCCUCAAAUGAUGGAUUCGACCCAUAUGCUUCAUGUAACACAACCGCCAAAGGGUGAAGCUCAAGAUCCAGGUCAAUUAAUUGGAGAUAGAGCCACGUUCGAGCUGUCAAGCUAUGCAACAUUUUUCAGGCCUUAA